UCCAUCAAUUCUAAGUACUAGUCGCUGUGAAUCCACCACCAAUCAAAGGAAUCGAUCUGCAUCACCCAUCCGGAGAGUUCCUAGUAGAAGGGAUGAGAAUAGUAAUCGAGAUAAUGAAAAUAGUGCCGUUGGACAUAGCUUAGCUAAUGUAAAUGAUGUGUGUGGAGAUUCGGGUAAUAACACGAAUAAUGCAAGUGGAAAUUUAAAUAAUGUGACUUACUCAUCUUCAUCUGAAGUCCCCAAAAUGGCAAUUAUUAACCUUAACUGUGUCCUCCUUAAUGACGAUAAUAAAACAUACUCCAAAGACGAAAUUUUUACAAUUGAGAUUUCUAAAGAUAAAAAUUAUGUUAUCAAACCAAUGUGUAGAAUUUCUGAAGACUUUCCUAAUAGUCCCUCUGAUGGUGUUCAUAUUUAUGUACUCUCCUCACCAAAAAAAUAA